UAAAAUAAACAAAUUUGAUUUUUAAAAAAAAAAUGGAAAAUACUGAAAAGCAAUAAACCCAAUCACAUGUAUGCACUGAAAUAUUAACCACCUUGAAAUAAUUUUGAAUACGUGACAGUAGACGGCAUAAACGGAUUACAUACAAAAGGUUGACGAGAAGGUUCAAAAUGAAUUGUUCAGAGGCUUGUAUGUUGUGUGUAUAUAUUACAAUGUGUUUCUACAAUUUUACCUGGUUACAAGUUGCGACAUCUGACGAGUUUGCUACAGUCGUUAGUGCAUUUCCUCCAAUAUGGCAUACGAAUUACAUUGAACGAAUAACUGGUGGUGCCUUAUGUUGGCCUGAUAAGAAACCUGCAGCUGAUCCUUAUAACUACUAUACAAAUUACACGGGAACAACGACAUGGGAGGAGCUUCACCCUGAGACAACAAUUAUUAGCAUUUGGUGCUCCGAAGGAUUUAAUGACCAGUCACUAGAAAAUGAUUUACAAAAUGGACACAUAGCAAACUUUAAACUACUUAUGCAUUUUGAGUACAGAAAUUGCAGUCUGAGGUCACUAACCAACAACGUUUUCAAAGGACUUUCUCGACUCCGUGUAGUGUUAUUAAGGUAUAACAAUCUUCACUUUGUGAGUACAAACGCUUUUAAAGACCUUGCUAAUUUGAUAUGGUUGAGUAUGGACAACAAUGAGCUAAACAUAAUCACAACGGAACAUUUCUGUUAUAAUUCUAAACUGGAAUUUUUGCAGUUAAGAUCAAAUAAACUGGAGGGUAUAAGAGAAACACACAAUGUAAGUAAUGGAACGUGUGCUAAUCUGACCUUUAAUUCUCUUGUUCUGAGCAAUAAUGCCAUUGUUGAAAGCAAAACAAACUAUCGAUCAUUUCGUGUCAAUGGUGUUCUGUCACUAACAAACUGCAGCUUAAAGAAAAUAGGUAAAGACUCAUUUGAAGGCCUUGAACACCUGUUGGAUAUUGAUUUGAGUGAUAAUGAAAUAACAAAUUUAGAUGAAAACACUUUUGAUGACAUGCGAAAUCAAUUACAGAAAAUAUCUUUAUCAAAUAAUCGCCUGAACUAUCUUCACUCUGACUAUUUUAGAGCUUUGAAUAUAUCGUACCUUAUGUUGGAUCACAAUGAUAUUGAAUUCAUAAAUGGAUCAUUAUCUCAUAUACAUAAUUUAAAGGUUCUGAAUAUUUCUUCAAAUAAACUUAAAUCUGUAUCAGGAUUGUUUCAGAAUAUGACUAAAUUAACAGUUCUAAACAUCAGUGACAAUUAUAUCCAUAGUGUCAAAGGAGACGACUUUUACCAUACACAUGGAAUUAAAAAAUUGGAUUUAUCUAGAAAUUUACUGCUUAAUAUACCAGCAAAGCUGUUUGCAAAUCUUGAAAUGCUAAAUGAACUGUGGUUGAACUCAAAUAAAAUCACUGUUAUUAGCAACAAAGCAUUUUCGAGAUGUACAAAACUCUCACAUUUACGCUUAAGCAGAAACAGUUUAGAAAAUAUAAGUCUCUUAGAGCUGCACUCAGACAAACUUAUAUACCUUGACAUAGCCGAUAACAAACUCACAGAACUACCGACAGGGUAUAACGAGUCUAUUGGAAGGUGUUAUAGUUAUCUUAACUUGCAAACAUUGAAUGCGAGUAGAAACAAAAUUGAGUCGUUUCAAUCGAGGUGUUUUUAUUCACUCAGGAACUUAUCAUUGAGUUUCAACAACAUAGAACACGUCCCAGUUUUAAGUCAUCUGCCAAAGCUAAACCAAAUCGAUUUGAGGGGUAACAGAAUUGUUGAUAUUGCACCUGAAUAUGUUCUUUGUUCAGGCGAAAGCUUCUUGCAGAAACUUGAUAUUGGUGACAAUAAGAUUGAAACCAUAGCCGCUGGAACUUUUGAAAAGUGUACAUACCUUGAAAUCUUACUUCUGGACAAUAACCAUUUAAAUACUAUGGAUGCACAGUUUCCAGUAUCACUAAAGGUACUACACCUUUCUCGCAACAAAUUUAGUUGUGAAUGUGCUUUGGCAUCUUUCGUAGACUACCUUAAGUUACUGAAAACAGAUAACAUUACAUGUGCUGUAAAUGGCAAUGACGUUGACAUUAAAUCAGCUGGUAUUAAACCCUGUGUAAGCAAUACACUUUUGCAUGUUCUUAUUGAAAGUCUAGUUCCUUUUGCAAGUGUUUUACUGCUAGCUGGAAUAAUAUCUGUGUUGAUAUUUCGGUAUCGAUAUGAAAUUGAAGUAAUAGCAUUCUACAAAUGGAACAUACGUUUUCGUUGUUGCUGCAGAAAACGAAAGUCUGAACCUGUGAAUUAUAAGUAUGACGCCUUCGUUUGUUUUGCGGAAGAGGAUAUUAACUAUGUAAGAAGCACACUUGUCCCACUUCUUGAGCCUAAGUUUAAGUUGUGUAUUUACUACAGGGAUUUUCCAGUAGGUGAAGACAUUGCAGAGGCCAUUUUGGAUGUCAUAGAAUCCAGUGCUGUCACUCUCGUAGUUCUGUCUCAAUCUUUUAUCCAGAGUCGAUGGGGGACAUUUGAAUUCAGAAAUGCACAUCAUCACAGCAUGCGGAGUCACGAUAAAAAGCUCUUAAUUAUUGUCCUUGAAAAUUCAGUUUUGGAGAUGAAAUUAGACCUUACACUACGAAGUAUCUUGUAUUGUAAGACCUAUCUCACGAAAGAUGACAAACUAUUUGAACAGAAACUUUUGCAUGCCAUGCCAGACCAUGCGUUUGAAGACCAAUCCCGUGUAAAUUUCGAAAACGAACAAUUGAUAAAUUGACCGAAAUCACAGAGUUAUCAGCAUUGGUCGUGUUUAAUUCAUCUUUCUGAAAUAGUCUGAAUUUUUCAGUUUGAACUAUCACUUUUCAGUCAAAUCUAUAAGACUGUCCUGUUGAAGUACAGAGCCUUAUGUAGCUAAUAACCACAAACUGAAUUUGAUUAUACAUAUGAAGUAUAUUACAAUUUAAUCGUUUGUAUAUUUCAAAAUGACUGUAAAUAAAACUUACCCAAAA